GGGAUGAGUGGGUGGUUUUCCUUAUCACUGCGAGACUUACGCGGAUCUAAUAGCUUCCAAUGGAAUGCUUCAAUUCACUGGCGAAAUACUUCAGUUGCUAUCAGCGACAUUCUGAUGUUUGAAGUUUAACGAAUUUUGUUUCGGGUUUCGUGCUUUUUAUUGAAGCUCCGAAUCGAUCGGCUAUAACUAUGCCUAUCUUUCCGAUAAGUGGCGACUAUCAACGGGCAGAUUAAGUGCUACCUUUAUCAGGCCACCGACGUGAGAGUCCAAGGGCUAUCCCGUCGCCAGUCGCCAUGGACAGUCGAGCGGCAGCGCAAGCUAUUCCCGAUGUGAGCCCCAGUCCGCAUCCGAGUCCGGUGAACCGAAGCCUCGCGGAGCGUCUGGGUGUGGACAUCAUCCAAGUCUACGACUGGGACUGGUGGGCAACCGUGGUCCAGAGCGGGGAGUCUCUCCUGCUGAUACUGUCCACCUUAUGGUGCAUUCUUCUCGCGCGAGUGGUGAGCCAAAAGCUGCGGCUUCAUGGCUCUCCCGACCUCUGCUAUGCCACGGAGUUCGUCCUGGUCGUCCUGCCCUGCAUUCUGCUCGUCUCCGUGGCCGUGGACUACAGUGGAUACGUGGGAUUAGUGAUGCUCGGGGCCACCUUGUGGUUUCUGCGUACGAGCAGGGCUCUGGAACGUGCUCGAUCCCGCGGUCAGUUCGACUUGGGUGGCAAUAGACCCAUGUGCUUGUCCAUCCUGCGUGCUCUGACCCACCUGAUCACCGCCGUCUGCAUUUUGGCCAUCGACUUCGGGAGUUUCUAUAGGCCAUACCGCAAGAGCAGGCAGUUCGGAGCCAAGCUAAUGGACACCGGCAUCGGUCUGUUUGUCUUCACCAUGGCCAUGGUGUCGCGGAGGACUCGUCAAUGGUCUGAUCUCCGCCGGAGUGUGCUCUACUCCGCCCUGCCGCUCAUCCUGCUGGGACUGGCGCGCACGGUGUCCAUUCUGACACUGGGUUACGGGCAGGAUGCCCAUGAGUACGGCCAGCAUCUGAAUGCCUUUUUCACCCUUGGAUACACCAAGUUCCUGGGCGCUCUGGUCAGCAUUCUGGCUCGCAAAGAUCUCCAUUUGCUGCCCUUGGGAUUCGGUCUGUUGGCGAUCCACCAGUUUGGGCUGAGCGUCCUUGGCAUCUCCGACUAUGUGAUGGACGAGGAUGUGGAGCGCUCCAGCUUCUUCAAUGCCAAUCGCGAAGGCCUGGUCUCCUUGCCAGGAUUCGUUGGCCUGUUCCUGCUGUCCAUUUAUGUUAACCGCUGGAUGGUGGCGAAGAGUCUGCUGAGCUACUCCGAGUUUGCCAAAAAGCUGAGGCGUCUGUUUUAUCUGGUGCUCAUCCUGUGGACCUCUUUCGUCAUCAGUGCCUACGAAAUCGGAAUCUCCCGAGUAACCUGCAACCUGGGCUAUGUCAUAUGGAUGCUGGCCAUCGGCAGCACCACUUUGUGGGCCAGUUUCGGAGCCAUAGACUUUGCGAUCAACAGCGUGAUGCCGUGGGAAUCGAGUCCUUCGGAGGAUCAGGAACAGGGUCUUCUAUCGGGAGAUGCUGUGGCCAAGCGAAGGGGCGGAUCCAUUGUCCCGUUCACGAUUAGCCAGGCUCUGAACAAAAAUGGAUUGACAUUCUUCCUGGUGGCCAACGUUCUGACCGGCAUGGUGAACAUAUUCCUCAGGCCAGAAGAUCGGUCUCAAUCUGAGUCCGUCAUCAUCCUGCUGAUCUACAUGUUUUUGGCCACCAAGCUGACUCACGAAUUGCUCAAGAGGGGUAUUCGACUAGCCUGAUAUCCAUAUCCACGUGUCCUGUGAAUCAACUGAAUUUAAUGUAAAUGUUACUGCUAGAAAUACGAAUAGGGAAAUUGUGAUGUAAUGCUGA